AUGGAGAGCCAGGUUUGCUGCCACUGUACACAGCAGCAGCAGCAGCAGCAGCAGCAGCAACAGCAGCAGCAGCAGCAGCAGCAACCACAACAGCAGCAACAGCAACAACAGCAACAGCAAACAGCAACAGCAGCAGCAGCAGCAACAGCAGCAGCAGCAGCAGCAGCAGCAGGAGAAGGCAGCGAAGCAGAGUGUCUUGCUGCUGCGGGGGGCAGCGAGGAGACAAAAGAAACAGCAGCAGAAAAAGGAGACAAAAAAAAGGAGACAGAAAGGAGACAGCUGCAGCUCGCCGGUGGUAGUGAUGCUCUCUGUAACGAACAACCCUCCUCAGGAGACAUUUUGUCUGUAGCAGGUUGGAUAGUGCAGACUAUCAGCAACACGGCCCCUCCUGCAGCAGCAGCAGCAGCAGCAGCAGCAGCAGGAGAUGCAGCAGCAGCAGGAGAUGCAGCAGCAGCAGCAGGAGCUGCAGGUAGCGACAGAUCCAGAGGAGACACAAGACACAGCGACGCUGCAAAAGGAGACACAAGCCCGGGAUUGGAGACAGCAGCAGCAGCAACAGCAGCAGCAGCAGCAGCAGCAGCAGCAGCAGCAGCAGAUGGAGAACAGGAGGAGACAGUGCGGCUCACCGGCAGCGAAAACCCUCUUGCUGAUCUCCUCAGAUCUGUUAGGGCACGGGCUGAUGAGCUGCUGCCUCCGGGGGAGGCCGAGGGCCUCGCAGCAGCAGCAAGCGGCGUUGCGUCUCCGCGUGCAGCAGCAGCAGCAGCAGCAGCAGCAGCAGGAGCAUCGGCUGCUGCUGCUGCUGCUGCUGGAGAGGGACAGCAAGAAGGAGCUGAGGAGGGAGAAGAGGAGACAGAUGAGUCUGACGAUGAAGCCGUAGAAGCAAUGCUCCUCAAUGAAGAAGAAAGAAAAGCAAAAGCACUCAUAUGGUGA